CUCUGCGGACAUCACGACUCACACAGCUCUUACUCGGCGGACUGCGAAGGACCAUGACGGACCCUGUAGUCUUGCAGUCUGCGGUGCGAGUGCCUACUCCUCCCCCAGGCACCUCGUACUCUCCUCAGGCCUCGGGAUCCCGGAAACGCUCACCUCCCUCUCGCUCUCCUUCGCCGAAUCGUCGUCGCUCUCCUCCGGGUGACUCGUUGAAAGACGGUGCAGAUGCGCCACGCAUCGACCCCGAACGCGCGAUCGAAAGAGAGCGACAGCUCGCGGAGCGCCUUCGCCAGCAUGAGAAGCAGGAGACUGCACGGAAGCCGAUGACCGAGGAGGAAAAGCAGGCUGCGGCCAAAGCAGAAUAUGAGAAGCUUUUGAACAUGCGGUCGGGAGGUACUUACAUUCCUCCUGCGCGACUACGGGCACUGCAGGCGCAAAUCACGGACAAGACCAGCAAGGAGUACCAGCGUAUGGCAUGGGAGGCUCUCAAAAAGUCGAUCAAUGGUCUCAUCAACAAGGUCAACGUUUCCAACAUCAAGUAUAUCGUACCGGAGCUUUUCGGAGAGAACUUGGUGCGCGGUCGCGGUCUGUUUUGCCGGAGUAUCAUGAAGGCCCAAGCGGCCAGUUUACCCUUCACGCCUAUCUACGCUGCGAUGGCAGCCAUUGUUAAUACCAAAUUGCCACAAGUCGGCGAGUUGUUGCUCAACCGUCUGAUUGUCCAAUUCCGGAAGGCAUUCAAGCGCAAUGACAAAGCCGUCUGCAUCUCUUCCACAACAUUCAUCGCCCAUCUGUGCAACCAGCAGGUUGCGCACGAGAUGCUGGCCGCUCAAAUCCUUUUGUUGCUGCUUCACAAGCCCACGGAUGACAGUGUCGAAAUCGCUGUCGGCCUUACUAGAGAAGUUGGACAGCAUCUGGAGGAGAUGAGCGGUCCUAUUGCCCUGGCGGUGUUUGACCAAUUCCGCAAUAUCCUUCACGAAGCCGACAUCGAUAAGCGAGUACAAUACAUGAUCGAGGUGCUGUUCCAAGUCCGAAAGGAUCGGUACAAGGACAACCCGGCGGUCAAGGAAGAGUUGGAUUUGAUUGAGGAGGAAGACCAAAUAACGCACCAGAUCGGCCUUGAUGAUGAGAUCGAGACGCAGGAUUCCCUCAACAUCUUCAAGUUCGACGCAGAGUGGGAGGAGCACGAAGAGGCCUAUAAGAAAUUGAAGGCAGAGAUCCUGGGAGAAGGCAGUGAUGACGAAGAAGACGAGGACGAGUCGGAUGAGAGCUCCGAUGAAGAGUCCGAGGAAGAGCGGAAGAUGGACAUCAAAGACCAGACCAACACAGACCUGGUGAACCUGCGGAGGACGAUCUACUUGACCAUCAUGUCGAGUAUAGAUUUCGAGGAGUGUUGUCACAAGUUGAUGAAGAUCUCGCUGCCGCCUGGCCUCGAGCCUGAGCUUCCGUCGAUGAUCAUUGAAUGUUGCUCCCAGGAGCGCACGUAUUCGAAGUUCUACGGCUUGAUCGGAGAGCGAUUUGCAAAGAUCAACCGCCUCUGGUCGGACCUCUUUGAAGCUGCGUUUGCCAAAUACUACGACACAAUCCAUCGCUAUGAAACCAACCGACUCCGCAACAUUGCGCGUUUCUUUGGCCAUAUGAUCAGCAACGAUGCGAUUGGAUGGCAUGUCAUGUCCAUCAUCCACAUGAACGAGGAGGAGACCACAUCUAGCAGCCGUAUCUUCAUCAAGAUCCUCUUCCAGGACCUUGGAGAGCACAUGGGCCUGCCGAAGCUGCAGGAGCGCAUGAGAGACGAAAUUCUGCGCCCCAGCUUCGAGGGCCUCUUCCCCCUGGACAACCCUCGCAACACGCGCUUCUCGAUCAAUUACUUCACCAGUAUCGGUAUGGGUAUCCUGACGGAGGACAUGCGCGAGCACCUGAAGAACCUUCCCAAGCCCACCAUUCCUGCUUUGCCUCAACGCGACGGCGGCGACGAGUCCGACGCCGAGUCCGUGGUAUCGCAUCCCACCAGCUGCUCGACGUGUACUCCUCGCUCUCGUUCCCGCUCCCGCUCCUACUCCUACUCCCGUUCUCCCUCCCCCAGCCGUGGCCGCAGACGCUCUGCCAGCCGUGGCCGAUCCUACACCCGGUCCGUGUCCGGAUCCUCGCGCCGCAGCUACAGCUACACGCCUUCGCGGUCCAGAUCCCCUGUCUCCAAGAGCCGCCCGCGCUCCGUCUCCUACAGUCGGUCCCGGUCUCGGACUCCUCCUCGGCGGACGCGGGAUCGCUCUUACGACUCGCGCUCCCCUCGUCGCAGCGUGAGCCCCAGACGCUCGCUAUCCCGGUCCGUCACCCCUCCUCGCAAGCGCGACACGUACUCUCGGCGAGACCGAAGCUACUCCCGAUCCAUCACUCCUCCCCCACGCCGAUCCGCACCAGCACGCAGCGGACGCUACUCGGAGUCCCGGUCGCCUCCUCCCCGCCGGCGGGUUGAGCGGAGCGUCUCAGGGUCUCGCUCUCCCAGCCGGUCUCGAUCCCCACGACGUGCCCCCGCGACCCGUCGUGCCCACGACUCCGUCUCACGGUCUCCUACCCCACCGCGCUCCAACCGUGGCGAUGCACGCCGCCGAUACUCAGAGUCCCGCUCACCCUCCCGAUCUCCGCCGCCUCGACGGCGCCGAUCCCCAUCCCGGACUCCUCCCCGUCCGGCGCGCGACUAAGUCUGGAGACUGAGAAAGAGAAAAACACCGAAAGUAAUUGCACCAAGAAAGUAGAUCGAUAAUAGCGGGGAUGUUUAGGCUUGGCAUACGUUGAAUUUAUGGAUUGGGGGUUUAUUUCAUUACGGGUUGUAUCGAUACUACUACUACUUCUUCCUGCAUUAGUUAUGUCUUAUCCAGAAUACAGACAGAAAGAGAGACACAAAACAAAAAAUGAACCCCUACAUUACCCUAGUGGUAUUAG